UCAGACGGACAAAUCAUGUUAGGAUCAAAACAAACUGCACUGAGGUGCUGCAUCAGGUACUUAGGCAGACAGGAAGGAAGAGAAAAUCUAAUUAAGGAUCACAUCAGGUUGUUUUACCUGCAUGAACGUCUUUUAUUGUCCUCUGAUCAAUCUGGAGAUCAGAAGAUGGGUAAUCGAGGGGGCAAAGAGGAGAACAGAGCAAAGUCUCCUCUGUUCAGCUGUCUCUCUAUGAAGAGUGACCUGUCUAAAGAUUAUCCUCCAGCCUUCAGUAAUGAACCAGGACCCUCAGAUCAGAAGAUGAGUGAUCGAGGAGACAAAGAGGAGGACAGAGCAGAGUCUCCUCUGUCCAGCUGUCUCUCUAUGAAGAGUGACUGGUCUAAAGGUUUUCCUCUAGACUUCAGUAAUGAACCAGGACCCUCAGAUCCACAAAUAACAAAGGGGUCUGUUUCUGUGGAGGAGCAGCUGUCCAACUGUGCUUUGUGUCAGGACGUCCUAAGAGAUCCAGUUUCUACCAGCUGUGGACACUGGUUCUGUAGACAGUGCCUCACCUCUCACUGGGACCAGUCUACUUCAUCAGUAGAGUCCUCCUGUCCCCAGUGUGGAGAACGAGGACUGCAGAUAUCCAGAGAUAGAGGUCUGCAGGAGGUUACAGAUGAACUUAAGAUCAGUCUGAAGAAGAGAUGUGAACAUGUGACUGAAGGAAGUGAUGAAACAGGAAGUAGAACCCUCCUCAACAGGAUCUACACUGAGCUCUACAUCACAGAGGGACAGAGUGAAGAGGUGAACACCCAACAUGAGGUGAGACAGCUUGAGACAGACUCUAAAAAGAAGACCCUCCAUGAGACUCCAAUCAAGUGUCAGGACAUCUUUAAAGCCUUACCCGACCAACAGAACCAAAAGACAGAAGCUCAACCCGACCAACAGAACCAAAAGACAAGAGCUCAACCCGACCAACAGAAACAAAAGACAGAAGCUCAACCCGACCAACAGAAACAAAAGACAGAAGCUCAACCCGACCAACAGAAACCCAUCAGAGUGGUUCUGACAAACGGGGUCGCUGGUGUUGGAAAAACCUUCUCAGUGCAGAAGUUCUCUCUAGACUGGGCAGAGGGCUCAGAGAACCAAGACCUCAGUCUGGUGAUCCUGCUUUCAUUCAGGGAGCUGAACUUGAUCAGAGAUGAGGAGUACAGUCUUCUUGAGCUGCUCCGUGUUUUUCAUCCAACAUUACAGAAGGUCACAGCAGAGACGCUCGCUGUCUGUAAACUGUUGUUCAUCUUUGACGGCCUGGAUGAAAGCAGACCGUCGUUGGACUUCAAAAACAUGGAGGUUGUGUCUGAUGUCACACAGAAAUCACCGUUAAACACACUGUUGACAAACCUCAUCAAGGGGAAUCUGCUCCCCUCAGCUCUCAUCUGGAUAACUUCUCGACCUGCAGCAGCCAAUCAGAUCCCUCCUUCAUGUGUUGACAGGGUAACAGACGUACGAGGCUUCACUGACGCCCAGAAGGAGGAGUACUUCAGGAAGAGAUUCAGUGAUGAUGAAGAUCUGUCCAGCAGAAUCAUCUCACACAUCAAGACAUCCAGGAGCCUCCACAUCAUGUGUCUGAUCCCGGUCUUCUGCUGGAUCACUGCCACAGUUCUGGAGCACAUGAUGAGCAGAGAGCAGAGAGGAGAGCUGCCCAAGACCCUGACUGACAUGUACUCACACUUCCUGCUGGUUCAGACAAAGAGGAAGAAGAACAAGUAUGGUGAGGCAGACAGGGAAGUUCUUCUGAAGCUGGGGAGGCUGGCGUUUGAACAUCUGGAGGAUGGAAACAUCAUGUUCUAUAAAGAAGACCUGGAGCGUUGUGGUCUUGAUGUCACAGAGGCCUUGGUGUACUCAGGAGUUUGUACAGAGAUCUUCAAAACAGAGUGUGUGAUCUUCCAGAAAACAGUCUACUGCUUUGUUCAUCUGAGCGUUCAGGAGUUCCUGGCUGCAGUCUACAUGUUCCACUGUUUGACAAACAGGAAGAGAGGUGUAGUGAAGGCUUUCCUUAAAAACAUCAACAUCACUUUUCAAACUCCUGAAAGUGAUGACUUAUCCCUGGAUGUCUUCCUGAGGAGUGCCAUGGAGAAAUCCCUGAAAAGUAAAAAUGGUCACCUGGACCUGUUUGUUCGCUUCCUUCAUGGCCUCUCUCUGGAGUCCAACCAGAGACUCUUAGGAGUCCUGCUGGGUCAGAGAGACAACAGUCCAGAAAUGAUCCAGAGAGUCAUCAACAACCUGAAGGAGAUGAACAGUGAUGAUAUCUCUCCUGACAGAAACAUCAACAUCUUCCACUGUCUGACGGAGAUCAACGACCUCUCAGUCCAUCAGGAGAUCCAAGAGUUCCUGAUGUCAGAGAACAGAUCAGAGGAGAAACUCUCUGAGAUCCACUGCUCUGCUCUGGCCUACAUGCUGCAGAUGUCAGAGGAGGUUCUGGAUGAGUUGGACCUGAAGAAGUACAAGACAUCAGACCAGGGACGACUAAGACUGAUUCCAGCUGUGAGGAACUGCAGGAAGGCAAAGUUUUCUAGCUGUGGACUGUCAGAGACUCACUGUGAAGCUGUGGCCUCAGCUCUGAAGUCCAACCCCUCCCAUCUGAGAGAGCUGGACCUGAGCUCCAACAAUCUGCAGGAUUCAGGAGUGAAGCUGCUGAGUUCUGGACUGAAGAGUCCAAACUGUAGACUGGAGACUCUGAGACGAUCGUCUUUUUUUUUUUCCCUUACUCUUAUCUUAGAGCAGGGAUGUCAAACAUACGGCCCGCCAGCAGGUUUCAUCUGGCCUGUGAGACGUUUUGGGAAGAAGGAGGAAAUGUAUUGAAAAAUAUUUUGAGAU